AUGGCGAACUGGGGUAGUUUCUUUUCUGGGGUAGCAUUUCUACUCUUGGGGGUUCUAUGGCUUUUUUCUCAGCCAGCCGUGGCUGCCACAAAACAAUACCAGUUUGAUAUUCAAGUGAAAAAUAUAAGUAGGUUGUGCCAUGCAAAACCUAUUGUAACAGUAAACGGGAGGUUUCCAGGGCCUACGAUUUAUGUUAGAGAAGGAGACAGAGUUCUUGUCAACGUUUCCAACCAUGCACAAUAUAACAUGUCCAUUCACUGGCAUGGAUUGAAACAAUUUCGCAACGGUUGGGCAGAUGGACCAGCUUAUAUUACACAGUGUCCAAUCCAGACUGGGAGUAGCUAUGUGUAUGAUUUUAAUGUAACAGGACAGAGGGGAACACUGUGGUGGCAUGCACACAUUCUUUGGCUAAGGGCAACAGUCUAUGGAGCAAUGGUCAUAAUGCCAAAACAAGGAACUCCAUUUCCAUUCCCACAACCACAUAGAGAAGAAAUUAUUUUGUUAGGAGAAUGGUGGCAUGGAGAUGUGGAAAAAAUUGAAAAGGAAGGAAUCAAUUUGGGUUUACCUCCUAAUAUGUCUGAUGCACAUACAAUCAAUGGGAAGCCAGGGCCACUCUUUCCUUGUUAUGAGAAGCAUACUUUUGCAAUGGAGGUUGAACAAGGGAAAACAUACCUAUUGAGAAUCAUCAAUGGUGCACUCAACGACGAGCUUUUCUUUGCAAUCGCCAACCACAACAUGACAGUGGUGGAGAUUGAUGCAGUCUAUACAAAACCCUUCACAACUCAGGCUUUACUAAUAGCACCUGGCCAGACAACCAACGUUCUGGUUAAAGCCAACCAAAUGCCUGGAAGAUACUUCAUGGCAGCAAGGCCUUUCAUCGACAUUCCGUUUCCGGAAGACAACAAAACCGCCACCGGAAUCCUCCAAUACAAAGGCAUCCCAAAUACAGUUCUUCCAACACUUCCCACCUUGCCUGCACCUAAUAACUCAGCAUUUGCAUUUGCAUAUAACAAGAAGCUUAGAAGCCUAAACUCUCAAAAAUAUCCAGCAAAUGUUCCCCGAAAAGUCGACCGAAACCUAUUCUUUACAGUUGGUUUGGGAAAGAACCCUUGUCCAACAUGUGUGAAUGGAACACAAAUCACUGCUUCUUUGAAUAACAUCUCUUUUGUGAUGCCUAAAAUUGGGCUUCUCCAAGCUCAUUACUCCAAUGUAAAAGGAGUAUUUAGAACUGAUUUCCCUGACAAGCCUCCUAUUGUUUUUAAUUACACGGGAGCACCUCUCACAGCCAAUCUUGGCACCACACAAGGGACAAGACUAAGUAAAAUUGCUUUCAAUUCCACAGUUGAAUUGGUUUUACAAGACACCAACCUUCUAACAGUUGAGUCACACCCAUUUCAUCUUCAUGGCUAUAACUUCUUCGUUGUUGGAACCGGAAUCGGAAACUUUGAUCCUGCAAAGGACCCUGCUAAAUAUAACUUGGUUGAUCCUCCCGAGAGAAAUACAGUUGGAGUUCCUACUGGGGGUUGGACUGCUAUAAGGUUUCAAGCCAAUAAUCCAGGUGUUUGGUUCUUGCACUGUCAUUUGGAGCUCCAUACCGGGUGGGGACUGAAAACAGCAUUUGUGGUUGAAGAUGGACCAGGAUCCGAUCAAACCAUUCUGCCUCCACCGAAGGAUCUUCCUCCAUGCUAGCUCUCCUUGGUUUACUUGUAAAAAUUCAAUGUGCACAAGUAUUUUAUGUUAGAGCUUCAGUGUUUGGACUUUCUGCAAAAGUUGCAGAAAACUGUUUGAGAAAAGACUUGAGACAGUCGGAAAAAAUAAGGAAAAAUUAAGGAAAAUAGACACAAUCGUUUGGAUUUUGGAUGUGUUAAAAUUUCAAGUGUAAUAAACUUAAGUAAUGCCACAAGAUUCAGUGUUAUGUUACCACCUUGUCUUAAUGGAGUGUUAUCGCCUUUGUUUUAUGAAUGACUUAGAUUUUUUAGAG